AUGUUGUUUGAAGGACAAGAUAACUUGCGUAAGGCUCAGCGGCGCAUGAAGAAGUAUCUUGAUAAACAUCAUCGCUCAAUUGAGUUUAAUGUGGGUGACAAAGUGUUGUUGAAAUUUACUACACAAAUCUGGAAACAGAUUGCAAAUGCAGAUGAUCCUGACAGGAACAGGUCAAAGAGGGCUCCUCCAUCAGUACCUACAUAUUGUUGCCUUCUUAAUCACAAUCUCUCUCUCUUGAAAAUUUUCCUUCUUUUCUCCAUGGGAAUACUAAUGGAAGACGAUGUUGAUGGUGGGUCGAAAGAGGAUUCCUGCAUUACUGAUUUUGAUUGUGUAGAUGUUGAAAAAGAUGAAGCUUUUAGAAAGAAUCCGUUUAUCUGUGAACAUUCUGUUGAUCACUACUACUAUCUUCUCCCGAGGGCUAAAAGAAGCAGAAUUUUCAGAAGAAAGAACCCUCCUCCUAGUCCUACUGUUAUGUCACAGAAAAAGGGUCUCAACAUUCGAAUCUCUUUUGAACGUAAAACAAUUGAAGCAGUUGAUGAAGACCUUUCCAUGGAGAAAAACAAGACUCAAACUCUGUUCGGUGAAAAACAGAGUAAAUUGGAAGAUAGAGAGAAAAAGACUCAAACUGUGUUGGAUGAAAAACAGAGUAAAGCGAAAGACAGAAAGAGAAAGAGAAGAAAGAUAAAACCAAUAAUUGAUCCUCCAGUUUUGCCAGAUGAGUUGAAGGAGAUGAUUUCAGGAAUGGGUGUUCAGAUUUCUCAAGUGAAACUCGUAAUUCAGAAAGUUCUUUAUGAUACAGACUUGAAUUAUAAGCAAAUGCGUCUUUCAAUCCCCAUCAACCAAGUGGAGAAUACGGAUUUCUUGACACCACAACAGAAAAUGGUAUUGGAGACUAGAGAUAUUGUGUCUAACAAAAAGAGCAAGAUUCAGUUCAACUUGAUUGAGCCUUCACUUGAAAAAACAAAAAUUCAUUUGGCAAAAUGGGACAUGAGUAACAGCUCUAAUUAUGUGUUAUUGAAUGGUUGGAUGCAAGUAGUAGAAAGGAAUAUCCUCAAGUCUGGAAUGGUAGUGCAGUUAUGGUCAUUUAACCAAGAUUUGGUUCCAUGGUUGGCUCUUGUUUUGGUUCGAUAA